AGCGGAGGAGGAGGGGCGGGAGCGGUAAUCCCGGGCUUGUUUACUUUAAACUAGAAAUCAGCUUUAACAUCAUCAACUGGGCAUCGAACUGGAAAGUCCUAACGAUGGGUUUCUUAUCCGUCUCGCCAAACUGCUUCGCCGCUACAAAUAAUCGGCCUCCCCGACCCUAAGGAAAGUGGAGCGUGAAAGAUGGGUGCCGACAUCAGCCACAGGAAGGUACAAGCGCUCAACAGGCACGCGAAGGGAAGACGUCUGCUGGAGGAUGCUGCUGCUGUGACAGGAUGGAAAUGUUUGCUGUCCUCUAUCAGCCUCAAGAUCCCUUCUGCACUCUGCCAGCUUGGCCCAUUUCGCAAUACAAGGCGUAUGAUUAAAGAUAAAUGCUCCCAGCCUCCUGUGCACCUUUGGGCUUCCCCAAGCUCGGAGGCAAUCUUCCUAGAUUUGCCUCUGUCUCAUUUCAUAACUGUUUUCCUUCCGGAGUUCCCACAUCGCUCACUUCCUAGGCAGGAGUGUUUUCAGGUUCUGGGCUGCAUAGCUAAAGGCUAUUAUGGGCCAAUACUAAAAGUCAGGGAUCUUCAAAAUGAGAAGACAUGUGCUCUGAAGGUUUUGCCAAAAUCUGAGAUUUUAAAGCAUGGAGUUGUGGAACAGUCAAAAGAAGAGGUUAUCAUUCAGCGCCAGGUCCGGCAUCCAUUUCUGCACGACCUGCUGGAUUGCUGGCAGACUCAGCAGCAUCUCUUCAUUAUGUGUGAGUACUGCAGUAUGGGAGAUCUUUACACUUAUUGGACAAUAGUUGGGCACUUUGGAGAGGACUGUGUUCGUGUGUUUGCUGCAGAGCUUGGCUUGGCUCUGGGGUUUCUCCAUGACAUUGGAAUCAUUCACAGGGAUAUAAAGAUGGAAAACAUUCUUCUGAAUGACAAAGGGCAUCUUCGACUCACAGACUUUGGACUUUCACGUCGACUGGAGAGAGGGUGCAAGGCAUUCACCAUAUGUGGGACAAUGCAGUACAUGGCUCCUGAAGUUCUCAGCGGUGGUCCAUAUAAUCACUCGGCUGAUUGGUGGUCACUAGGCAUACUGUUCUUCUCGUUGGCCACAGGGAAGUUUCCUGUUCCUCCAGAGCCAGACCACUCCUCCAUGCUUCAGAUGGUCCGAAAGUCUAAAUAUGACAUGCCAAAGACUUUUAGUUCCCAGCUGUCUCUGCUUCUUAAUGAGCUGCUCUGCAAGAACCCCAGCCAUCGUCUGCACAACCUGCAUCGCCUCAAACAGCAGCCCUUCUUCCGUGCAAUGAGUUUUGACGUUGAACUGCUGCAGAAGGUACCAAUGAACUUCAUCAUGGAGUUGAAAAACAAGCAGGGACUCGCUGAUCAGCGCCAGCACCUUGACCAUUUUCAAAACUUUGACUUGGAUUUACACCUUGCUGACCUGCCCAACCCUGAUCAUAGCAUACCACAGUAUUAGUAUGCAAGAGUCCCUUUGUGCAGCCCAUUUCUAUUCACAAAUUGAUACAGUAUAAAAAGACAAUCUGAUUAUAUAAGAAAAACAUAUUUUUUUAAAGGUAGGAAUUGGUUUAUUUAAGUAAAAGAAAUAUGACUUCUAUAAAACAAUCAGUAUUUUUCAUUAAGUAACAAUCCUGAGUGCUUUUUGUUACAGAAAUAUUUAAUUGUUAUAUUAAAAUGUUCCUUUUUGUGGUAAAA